AUGUCUACUCUGCCUGGUCGUGAUCAUACAUCCAGUUCUACUCCCUCCUUAGAUGGCGAAGGAGGUCCAGAUUCAGCGUCUCAAGACGGAACGCCAACGAAAAGGACGGGUCCUAACUACGUAUAUUACCGUCUAUACACCAAACUCGGUCCAUUCGAAUCAAUUCGCCCCCUCUACGAUAACGACCGUUUCAUUGGUCGCAUUCCAACGAAGUCUUUUGCCCCUCCUCAUACCGUGGCAUCUAUCAAGUGGUCCAUAUGCAAACUUGAGGGCCUACGGUCGGAGGCCGACAAGGCGCUCCUCUUCACACAGCUCUCAAACCCAGAACCCAAUGAAGACUCUGCCCGCCUCUCCUUGUUCGCUCCUUCUGGGCCAGGCCUGUUCGAACAAGAUCCGAUUGUUCUUGUCGACGACUCCUACCCAAACCGUGCACUCAUGAGCUUUGCAGUUUACUAUCGUGUUUACUCAUCGAAAGGAGGAGAUCAAAAGGCAAAGACGUCCUUCGACCAAACUGAUAUUUCGUUAGGACGCCUUAACGCCCUCUUCAUCGCGCCCCCUCACACCGCUGGGUCUUUGAAAGCACGCAUCGCAAAAGUUGAACGCCUUGUCACGCCGGGUCAUGCACUCUACCAGGAUAUGGAACUCUUCCAAGACAUGACUAGUGACACUGCCAUGAGUGACACCAAUGUCAUAUCCUUUCAAGGUGACACUUAUCCGGGUAGCGAUGAAGGCGAUCCCGUAGCCCUUGUCAAUGCAACCGCCAAUAUAGCAGCAGACCAAAAGACUAAACUUACACCAGGUAAAGUUCUCAGUGAAUAUCCACUAGUCACUGCAGCAACAAACCGUGCCCUUUCAGAUGGACCAGAUUCAAAAUUCACGAAACGCGGUCGGUUACUUCUUAGCCUCAACUACAGUGAUUCCGCCUGGCUAUCAAUCAUCAAAGAUGAGAUCGUUUACACGGAUGGAGUUAUCGUCUCCAAAAUUUACUCCCUCACCAACUGUAUUUCUUUCCUUUUCUGCUUCAUCACCAGGCCUUGGUCAGGAUACAUGGUGAUUAAUUCCAAGGGUGAAAAAGGCUUUGUGCGAAUGGUGAACACCAGGGAGAGUGUAUGCUUUUGGAAUGGGAUAUGUCAGGAUUUCGGCUCAGAAGGGGUCAAUGUACCGGUCCCGUAG